AAGUCGGUGUGCUGGAUCAGCUUAGCUUACUUCACUACUUGUAUAUGGCUCCUUAAGUUUAUCAGCUGCCAGAUUUCAAGAAUAUUCAAAGUUGUUUGAAUCAAAAUGUGGAGGCUUAAGAUUGCAGAAGGUGGAGAUCCAUGGCUUAGGACGCUUAACAAUCACAUAGGGAGACAAGUGUGGGAAUUUGACCCUACUUUUGGGUCAUCAGAUGAUCGAGAAGCUGUUGAAAAGGCUCGCAUGGAGUUUCGAGCUAACAGAUUUGAGCAUAAGCACAGUUCGGAUCUCCUUAUGAGAAUGCAGUUUGCUAAAGAGAAUCCAAUCAAAGAAAUUCCACCACAAGUUAAAGUAGAGGAAAAUGAAGAUAUUACAGAGGAGGCAAUAACAACUACCUUAAAAAGGGCAAUUGGGUUUCAUACAACUAUCCAGGCACAUGAUGGACACUGGCCCGGGGACUAUGGGGGUCCUAUGUUCCUUAUGCCUGGUUUGGUUAUUGUGUUAUAUGUUACGGGUGCAUUAAACACUGUUCUAUCCACUGAACAUCGUAAGGAAAUUUGUCGCUACCUUUAUAAUCAUCAGAACAAGGAUGGCGGUUGGGGUUUGCAUAUUGAGGGCCACAGUACCAUGUUUGGUACAGCACUAACCUAUGUAACUUUAAGGUUGCUUGGUGAAGGACCUGAAGAUGGAGAAGAUGGGGCAAUGGAGAAAGGGAGAAAAUGGGUCCUUGACCACGGUGGCCUCACUGCAAUAUCAUCAUGGGGGAAAAUGUGGCUUUCUGUACUUGGAGCAUUUGAAUGGUCUGGAAACAAUCCACUACCCCCCGAGAUAUGGCUUCUACCUUAUUUUCUUCCCUUACAUCCAGGAAGGAUGUGGUGUCAUUGUCGGAUGGUAUACUUGCCCAUGUCAUAUUUAUAUGGAAAAAAGUUUGUCGGACCCAUUACAACUACUGUUUUAUCAUUGAGGAAGGAACUGUAUACCAUCCCAUACAACAAAGUAGACUGGAAUGAUGCACGUAAUUUGUGCGCAAAGGAAGACCUCUACUAUCCCCAUCCUCUAGUACAGGAUAUUCUUUGGGGAUUUCUUCAUAAGGUUGGCGAACCUAUUUUUAUGCAUUGGCCUGGUUCCAAGUUAAGGGAGAAGGCUUUGCAUACUGUAAUGCAGCAUAUUCAUUAUGAAGAUGAGAAUACACGGUAUAUUUGUAUCGGUCCUGUUAACAAGGUAUUAAAUAUGCUUUGUUGCUGGGUGGAAGAUCCAAAUUCUGAGGCGUUCAAAUUACAUCUUCCAAGAAUCUUGGACUAUUUAUGGGUUGCUGAAGAUGGCAUGAAAAUGCAGGGUUACAAUGGCAGUCAAUUGUGGGAUACUGCUUUUGCUGUUCAAGCAAUCAUUUCAAGUAAUCUUGUUCAAGAAUACUAUCCAGCACUUAAGAAGGCACAUGAUUACAUAAAAUAUUCACAGGUUUUAGAGAACUGUUAUGGGGACCUUCAGUUCUGGUAUCGUCACAUUUCUAAAGGUGCAUGGCCUUUUUCAACUAGAGAUCAUGGUUGGCCUAUAUCAGAUUGCACUGGAGAAGGCCUAAAGGUUGCACUCUUAUUGUCGCAAAUUUCACAUGAUGCUGUGGGGGAACCGAUUCCUGCAAAUCGGUUCUAUGAUGCAGUUAAUGUUAUAAUUUCUAUGCAGAACAGUGGUGGCGGUUUCGCAACAUAUGAGCUUACCAGGUCUUAUGCCUGGUUGGAGCUAAUUAACCCAGCUGAAACUUUUGGGGACAUUGUUAUUGAUUAUCCUUAUGUAGAAUGCACUUCAGCAGCUAUUCAAGCUCUGGCUUCAUUCAAGAAACUCUACCCUGCGCAUCGGACAAAAGAGAUUGAAACAUGCAUCUCAAAAGCAGUUCAUUUUAUAGAAAGUAUUCAAAGACCAGAUGGUUCAUGGUACGGCUCAUGGGGUGUUUGCUUCACGUAUGCCACAUGGUUUGGAGUGAAGGGUCUGGUAUCGGCUGGCAAAACCUACCAGACUAGCCCAAGCAUCCGUAAGGCAUGCGACUUUUUGCUCUCAAAGCAGCUGCCCUCUGGUGGGUGGAGUGAGAGCUACCUUUCAUGUCAAGAUAAGGUGUACUCAAAUCUCAAGGGGAACAGGUUGCAUUUGGUAAACACAGCAUGGGCUAUGUUGGCUCUCAUUGAUGCCGGACAGGCAGAGAGAGGUCCUACACCAUUGCAUCGUGCAUCAAGGGUAUUGAUUAAUUCACAGAUGGACAAUGGUGAUUUUCCACAGCAGGAGAUUAUGGGUGUUUUCAACAGGAACUGUAUGAUCAGUUACUCUGCUUACAGGAACAUAUUUCCUAUAUGGGCCCUUGGGGAGUAUCGCUCUCGAGUUCUCUUGGCUGAUAGGAAACCAUAACUUUUCAUUUCAUCUCACAAUAAUAGCACUGUAUGAAGGAAAGGCCAGUGUUUUUUUUGUUGGUCGUGCAAGAGGUGUAUCAAGCACUUUAAACAAAAGCAAGCUUGCAUGCCUUCAGAAGUUUGUUUUUUUUCCCAUUUGUCUUUUGUGUUUAAUAGUCGGACUCGGGCCCGCUCGUUAGGUUCCCGAGCUUGAGCCCAAAUCAUUUUAAAGAAGCGUUGGGAUUGAAUUUUA